AUGUCCCAUAUGGGCAUUCAGCCGGUCCCCGUUCAACCUAUUGAUCCUUUGCCAACUGGGACAAUGGGCCUCAUACUUGGCAGAGGCUCACUUACCUUAAAAGGUUUAGCUGUUCAUCCAGGUGUGGUCGACAAUGACCACUCUGAGGUUCAAGUCUUGUGCUCAUGUCCAGAGGGGGUUUUUUCCAUAAGUGAGGGAGACAGAAUUGCACAGCUUGUCCUUCUCCCUGAUGAUACUCCCCCCAGGAUUGAUAGGGGGAAGAUGGGCUCCUCUGGAACAGACUCUGCUUAUCUGGUUCUCUCCCUCAAAGAUAGGCCUAAAUUAAAGCUAAAAGUAAACGGGAAAGAAUUUGAGGGCAUCCUAGAUACGGGGGCUGACAAGAGUAUCGUGUCCUCUUUCUGGUGGCCACGGUCCUGGCCCACCACAGCAUCUUCACAUACUUUACAAGGCCUCGGGUAUCGAUCCAGCCCCAUAAUCAGUUCUACCGCCUUGUCUUGGGAGACGCCAGAAGGACAAAAGGGACGGUUUACCCCCUAUGUAUUGCCUCUCCCAGUUAAUCUCUGGGGAAGAGAUGUUUUGCAAAACAUGGGCUUUGUAUUGUCAAAUGAAUAUUCCCCACAGGCCCAACAGAUGAUGCAAAACAUGGGUUAUAAGCAGGGAGGAGGCUUGGGACGCAGAGAACAAGGCAGGAUCGAGCCGAUUUCCCCCUCCGGUAAUCCCGGCAGACAGGGCUUGGGUUUUUCCUAG